AUGAUUCUCAUGUCGCCAACAUCUUACAUGACUAUCACCGACGAGGGAUUGGACGGGCUCAAAUUCCUGACCUACUCAAGAAGGAGUACAACAUCUCUCUUUCUGCCAAAUGACUCGACCUCUUGCAGAGAGGCUAGCAUUGGUCGACGCUUCAAACUGCUGGGCCUUAAAGGUAGUGGAGCGAUGACAGCUGAAUUGCCUGAUGACCAGAAGCACCAGCUUAUCCUUGAUCAAAUGGCGAAAGAUCCAGCUGGCCGCCGUGGGCCUUCACUAAUCAAGGAGGCCAUUGCCCAUGAAACAGGGAUCCAUUUGACAAGCACUAUCAUCAGUCUUGGGCCUCACCACGAGUGGUCCUGUGAUGGCCAUGAUAAAUUAUCAGUGAUUGGUUUCCCUAUUUGGGCUGUUCGUGAUGUCUGGUCUGGAAGGUGGCUAGGUGUGUGGGUUGUACCAAAUAACUGGUACAUGCAGACCGUCGCGUAUCUGUACCUGUCUCUGGUUGCUAAGCUGGGAGGUCAGAUCCAAGCUCACUCUCUUUGUGUCCAGUUUGGGCUUAUGAGUAAAGCAGGAAUGCCACUGCAGUCUACAACAGAUUGUGGUUCUGAAACCGUCAUGAUGUAUGGCUUGGCAAAUGCUCUUCGAGAACAGUUUUCUCCAGAACUGGGUGUUGUCAAAAUUGGCCCUGCACACCGCUUCCUCAAGAGUGUCCACAACAUAACUAUUGAGCGAGGAUGGGGCCAAUUGCACAAACAGUGGGGUGCAAACGUGAAGAUUUUUUGGGAGCAGGGUGUGGAGCUGUAUGAUCCCACAGUUCCUAAGCAAUAUGACCUUGUUCAGUGGCUUUGGCUGCGGUUAAUCCAGCAAGAGUUGGAUAGCUUCGUGUCGCGUAGCAAUGAUCACAAGCCACGAACAACCCCAGGGAAGUCGAAGUCGCUUCCAAAAGGUGUCACGCCACACCUAGCAUACUCUUUUCCUGAGAAAUAUGGAGCCACAAAUUGUCUUCAGUCCAUUGAAACAGGCAUUGUCGAAGGUUUGAUGAAGGAGAUCGGAGGAGGGGAGUUGGUUGAGUUUGUUCCCCUAGCAUAUGCUGCAAAGGCCGAAGCUGUUUACUUCAGCCUUGGCCUUGGUGAGCUCACUCUUACAAACAUUUGGUCUGUUUUCGAGGCUAUGCUGCCACAUAUGUAA